GGCGACCGGUGCACCUCCCUCGCAGGCCGCCAGCGGGCCGUGCAUUCCCAGCGCUCUCAGCCUCUAUCCCCGCCCGACUCGGACGCGUCCGUGGGACCUCCUGGGGACUGUCCACCUGCCUUCCGGAGCAGCCACUCCUGCCAGCCAGCACCAGGAUGGGCGAGUUCAACGAGAAGAAGGCCACGUGCGGCACCGUCUGCCUCAAGUACCUGCUCUUCACCUUCAACUGCUGCUUCUGGCUGGCCGGCCUGGCCGUCAUGGCCGUGGGCGUCUGGACGCUGGCCCUGAAGAGUGACUACAUCAGCCUGCUGGCCUCCAACACCUACCUGGCCACGGCCUACAUCCUGGUGGUGGCUGGCGUUGUUGUCAUGGUGACCGGUCUCCUGGGCUGCUGUGCCACCUUCAAGGAGCGGCGGAAUCUGCUGCGCCCGUACUUCAUCCUGCUGCUCAUCAUCUUCCUGCUGGAGAUUGUGGCCGGCAUCCUGGCCUACGUCUACUACCAGCAGCUGAACGUGGAGCUCAAGGAGAACCUGAAGGACACCAUGACCAAGCGGUACCACCAGCCGGGCCACGAGGGCGUGACCAGUGCCGUGGACAAGCUGCAGCAGGAGUUCCACUGCUGCGGCAGCAACAACUCCCGGGACUGGCGGGACAGCGAGUGGAUCCGCUCUGGGGAGGCGGGCGGCCGCCUGGUCCCCGACAGCUGCUGCAAGACCGUGGUGGCCCACUGCGGCCAGCGGGACCACGCCUCCAACAUCUACAAGGUGGAGGGCGGCUGCAUCACCAAGCUGGAGACCUUCAUCCAGGAGCACCUGCGGGUCAUCGGGGCCGUGGGCAUCGGCAUCGCCUGUGUGCAGGUGUUCGGCAUGAUCUUCACCUGCUGCCUGUACAAGAGCCUGAAGCUGGAGCACUACUGACCCCGCCCGCGGCCGGCCCGCUGGGCACGCGCGAGCAUCUUCCCCCGUGACUACUGAGCGCCACUACUGACGGCCAGGGAGCCGGGGUCCCUGGGCGCCUCUCCCUCCCCUCUGCCCGUGCCAGGGAGGUUCUCAUGCCCGUGCCCCCACCAGCGUGCCAUCACCGUGACCUCUGGGGACCCCCAUCCCUAGAGAGAGCUUCAAGUGCCUUUUGCUGCCUACCAAUCCUGAGGCAGGGACCCCUCCUGCAGUUGGGGGGACCCAGCAUUUCUGCUUAUGUGGGGGCCUGGGUUCUGUCAUAAACGCCCCCCCAGGCCACUUCCCUGGUGCCUGUGCUUAGUUGGAGGGGCCGGGUUGGCCCACCCUCGGACACUCCCCACAUGGUGGCCGGGGCAGGCCUGGGCGGGGUGAUGCUGGGGGUAGGUGCAGGCAGUGCGGACUGGCUGCAAGUGAGGAGUCCGUGUGCUGGCCACCAGUCCCAGUGCCGCCCCGGGUCCUGUGCCUCUGCUGAGCCCGCUGUCCUGCUGCUCCCGUCACCACAAAGGCCGCGAUGUUCACUGUCCUCUCCCCUACCCCGGGCAGGGGCUUGGGGGGCCUGUACUCACUGCUGUAGGACUAGACCUGCCCUGCCACACAGCAGGUGCUCAAUAAACGUUUGUGGAUA